AUGGACUCGGGUUGGCCCAGCUUCGAGCUGGAGUUCAAGUCAAAAUCUCGGGAUUCAAAAGUCUCGGAAGAGAUCGAACGGUUUCUAAAGGUAAGUUCUUUAGUAUUAUUGCUUGAAAUUUAGGUUUGAAUUGAUUAGAAAGGUGCGACAAAGUGUGGAGAAGUUGAUUAUAAGCUUUACUUUCUAUAAGACAUUCAGAUUUUGUGUUUUUGAGAGCCUUUAGCGUUAUCACAAUGAGUUUUUGGUAUGGGUAAUAUAAAUUGAUGGAUAGAUUGUCUAAAAAACCUUCUUGAAUUUUUGAAGAUUAAUUAUAGAAGGUAGAGUAGAUUUUUCUCUAUCUUUUAACUACGAUUGUAAUCUAAAGUUUUGUCAUUUUCACAUCAAACCAUCAAGCUAUUGUUUUAGUACGGCUUCAACGAGAUUGACGGCGAAGUUGCCAAACUUUACAUUGGGAUACCAAAUCAUGUGUCGGACGAAGAUCAACGUAUUGUUUACAAGGUUAUUGUUGGUUGUAAGCCUGUGGACAGAGCGGCUAUUGAUAUUGUUCGACUUACGAACGAAUUGGUGGCGAGUUUGCAGAUAUGGAACGAAACAGUUGAUUCGAAUUUGGGAGUGUUUGCCACUCUUACAAUCUUGGACAGGCGAUUGUUAUUUGUACCGAAAGAGUAGGUUUUCAUUUUAAGUGGCUUUAAAUGUAUAAUAUAUUGUUUGUAUUAACAAUGGUCAAUUGAUUGUUUUAGAUUUCAAAAAAGUGCCAAUAUGUACCUUCCAGCUGCUCAACUAACGUUAGGAAAUGUGAUUGAACACGACAAAUUUGUAAAACAUUGUGUUUUAGAUCCAGUAAGUAAUGUUUUUUCAAUCUAGGGCUAUUUGUAGCUAGCUAUGAGCGUUUUUACAAGUUUUAAAAGGGAAAGUUGAGUGGAAGAUUUUCAUGACAAAUCUUCCACCAAACUUUCACUUCUAAAAAUUGUUAAAAAUUUGUUUUUUGCCCAUUUUAAGACUUUUUGAAUGUGGAAUUUGAGUGGAAGAUUUUCACUGCAAAAUACAUUACAAAUCUUCCACUCAGCUUCCACUAUUAAAAAGUUGGAUUUUAUCUCAGACUUUGGUCUCUUAUCAUUAUAAAUUAAAAUAAAAACUAUAUGAACGUUUAAUUGUAGGAAGACACUAAAGGUGACUUUGGUAAUGUAAGAAUCUUGAAAAAGUACUACGAAUAUGAUCCAGAAGCCGUCGACGCGUGUACAACCCCAUUAAUGGUCGAUUUCGAGCACGAUCGUCGCAAAAUGUUCAUCCGAUUCCCGACAACGCAUCGGCAGGGUGAACGAUCAUGUGAAGCUGUGUAUAAACUGGAGUUACGAUAUUCGACUAUCAAGAGGAUUAUGGUAAAAUGGGAGGGAGUAACCACCGAGCCCGAACUGACAUUGUUCUUUCAUCUGGAGACGAUGCCAUUGGUGUAUAAGAUCAAGUUCGAGAGGUUCGAAGAAGGCGGGAAGAGGAAGAAACUUGACCCAAAGAGGAGAAUGUUCUCGCAUGGUAAGGAUAAUAUAUUAGGUUGUUCAAAAAAUUAUGUGCUCCUUAAUUUAGUUUAUUAGGCUGUUCAAAUAGUUCUGCACCCUAAACCCAAUUUUUUUUCAUUGUGAGGCGGCACUGAAUUAUUUGAACAACUUAAUAUGAGUUUGUUCAAAUAAUUCUGUGCCUCUCCUCAAAACGAGUUUUAAGCGUUAGGGGGCACAUAAUUUUUUGAACAACCUAUUAGUAUUGAUAGGGCAGAAAAAAAUUUUCGAAAAAAUUUGAACGUGGUCCCCCCUGUGGAUUUUGGAAAAAAAUUUUCGCAAAAAAUCGGCACAGGUAGCUCCUGUGCCGAUUUUUUGGACCCCUGCCCCCAGACCAAAAGUCCCCGCCCGGCCCUGGUCAUUAUGUUUCAGGUGAUCGUGAAAAGUAUUGGAAAGGCGAUUACUUCUCAGAUUAUGUCGAAUCACCCUUUUUGAAGCUGACAUUUAAGCCGCAGGACGUGAGUUUUUGAAAUUUAAAAAUUUUUAAAUUUUUCAAAAUUAUGACAUUUGGAUGACAAUAUGGCAUGAAAAUGACAUUUACUAGUAAGGGCUUGAAUCACAGUUUUUGAAAAAUCUUUUAGGCCUGGACCUGGCUGAACAUUCUGAAUCGACUGGUCGCAACCACCUCGAAACCGAUAUUAUUCAGGAAUAUCGUCGAUCAUCCUCGCUAUCGUUUUAUCGUCAACAAGAGCAAACACCAAUUUCCGCACAAAGACUACGACAGUAGAAUGAUCGAAGACAUCAAUGCAGACUUUGCCACCAUGUACCUAUUGGAAGCGCUGGGAACCAGGGGUUUUCAUGUCACAGAUCAACUUAUGUUAGACAAGGAGGUGGCCAAAAGGUUCAAAUCUCGAAUUGUAGCUGUUUAUCGGGAGAAUAAGAAAGUAAGUGACAUUUUAUACGAUGAAAAGUGUUUUUGGAUUAAAAAUUUUUUUUUAAUUUGCUUGUAUUGACAUACUGAGAACGUUUAUGACUUCAUCUGUAAUGUUAUAUAAAUUUUAAGAAGUUAAACCAAUUGUAAGAUUCUUUGUAACACUAAAAACACAUUUUUCAGCUUCUCCUGGACGCCCUGGAGAAGUUGUUGGCCAUGGUCGAUGAAUUCAUGGAACUAGAUCCAAUCCCCGACCUCUUCGAAAUUGCCCUCAAAAAAGCUCGCGACGGUCUCCUAGUAUCAACGGAAAUCGAUGAAGAACAAAAACUCAAAGGCUACGUGAAGCUACGCAAGAUCAUCAUCACACCGUGCCGUACCGUGUAUCAAGCACCCGAAAUGAUAAUGGGCAAUCGAGUACUGCGAAUCAAGGAGGACAAGUACACGCCGGAACGCUUUUUAAGAGUGGCAUUCCGAGACGAAAACUUUGCCAAAGUACAGUCAAUGAUGGGCAAAGUCUUCAUCGAGAAGUUUGUGAAAAAGAGUUUGGUUGACACAAAGGUUAUUGGAGGUAGGUUAAGAUGGAUUUGAUUGUACAGUGGGACUUCUAUAGGUUAAGGGAAAGGAGAUUUGACAACAAAACCAAUUUGUUAGAAGAGGGUGUAUUAGAAAAUUGAAUUUUUUUGAAAAGCGUAUUUUUUUUUUUGAUAAAAAUUCAUAAAGGAGACCAAGUUCAAUUUCUUCAAAGAAUUUUUUUUGAAAAAAUUUAUUUUUUAAUUGGAAAAAUUUAGGCCUAGAAAAUAGAGUUUUACUCAACAAUUUAGAGUUUUUGUUGUGGGGUAUAGCAAAAAAGGGAAUUAAAAAAAAACUAAUUUUUUUCGAAAAAAAAUCACAGGGGGGACCAAGUUCAAUUUUUUCAAAAAAAAAUUGUUUUUUAAUUAGAAAAAUGUAGGUCCAGAAAAUAGAGUUUAAUCAAUAGUUUAGUUUUUUUGUUGUAGGGCAUGGAAAAAAUUGAAUAAAAAAAUUUUUCUGAAAAAAAUUCACAGGGGGGACCAAAUUCAAUUUUUUCAAAAAAAUUUUUAUUGAAUUGUGCGGGAUGGGGAGAAAAAAUAUGUGUUUGGGGAUGUUUUUAGUGGAAGCAAUUUUAGAAAAUUAAAAUUUUUAUUUUCGAAAAAAAAAUUUUUUUUGUAAAUAAUGAACAGGGGGGACCAAGCUCAUUUUUUUAAAUUCAAAAAAAAAUUUUUUUUGUUGAAACACGACAAAAAAUUAGCAAAAAUCUUUUUUAGAGGGGUUUUUUUAGCUCAGAGUGGGUAUAAAAAUUGAAUUUUUAUAAGGUUUUUUUGCCAAAAGUAUUUUCCAGGCAAAGAAUUCAACUACUUUGGCUCAUCGAACUCGCAAAUGCGCGAACAAGGCUGCUAUUUCAUUCAAAUCAAAGACGAAAAGGAGAUCAACCGAUUCCGCCAAUAUUUGGGCGAUUUCGACAAGAAAAGCGUACCGAAAAUGAUGGCACGUCUGGGGCAGUGUUUCACACAGUCUUGUGUAAGUUUGAAAUGGAAAGAAAUUUUUUACAAAGUAGAAAAUGGCAAGAACUUUCUAAACUAAACAUAAAAUGGCAAGAACUUUCUUUACAAAACAAAAUGGCAGGAACUUUCUUUACAAAACAGAAAAUAGCAAAAACUUUCUUUAUAAACCGAAAAACGGCAAAAACUUUCUUUACAAACCAAAAAAUGGCAAUAUUUUCAGAAAGUUGGCAAAGAAGUGGACCGUAACUGCUACGAUCGCACCCCCGACUAUGUCGGUAUUAACAAUCGCAAAAAAGACCCGCCCGAGCCGUUCGUCUACUCGGAUGGUAAUGGUGUAAUGAGCUAUGCAUUCGCCGAGGAAAUCUCAAAAUCCUUGAAUUAUCAAGACUUUGUACCGUGCUGCUUCCAAAUGCGGUUCCGAGGAUUCAAAGGGAUUCACGUCGUGGACCCACAAAUGGACAGAUUGAACAUUUGGGGCAGAGAUAACGACUACUUCACUGAAAACCGGAACGAAUACCGGUUCAUGUGUCGACCGUCGCAGGAAAAGUUUCGAACUUCACAGGUCUGUUUUGGAUUAGAUUUCAAAAUUUGAAAAAAUUAGGUCAGGGUAGAGUACGGUAGGGGGUAGGGCAUCGGGUAUAGUACGGUAGGAGCAGGGUGUCGGGUAGUGUACAGUAGGAAUAGUGCGUCGGGUAGAGUACGGUAGGGGUAGGACGUCGGGUAGAGUACGGUAGGAGUAGGGCGUGGGAUAGAGUAAGGUAGGGAGAGGAAGUUUGCUUGAAUACGGCAUUGUAGAGUACUGGAAUGUGUAGCGUAGGCUAGUAUAAUAUGUGGGAACGUAAGACAACGUACGGUAUUGGAUAGAGUAGGGUUUGGUGAGGCAGGGUGGGAAUGUAGGGUAGAGUUGGGUAGGGUAGGGCAAGGUAGGAUAUAGAAACGCAAGGUAGCGUAGGGUAAGGUAGGGUAGAAAAAGGCAGCGGAACGCAAAGCAGAGUAGGGCAAGGUAGGGUAGAGAACGGUAGUGUAGAAUGGAGUAGGUUAAGUACACCGUGAGGGAGUACAGUAGGACAAUGUGAAUUACGGUAGAGUAUGGUGGUGUAAUAUAUGCUGGGUAGAGUAGAAAACAAAGCACGCUAGUGCAGGGUAAGGGGAGUACGGUGGCUAAAGAGUAUAUAAAGAUGGAAAAUGUAUUAUCUAAAAUUGUAUUACUGUAUUAUUAAAUUUUUUAAACAAAUUUUAGACAAAUUGCUCAUACGAAGUGGUGAAGAUCUCGGCUCCCUCACCAGUCUGCCUGAAUCGACCAUUCAUCAACAUUAUCGACCAAGUAAGCGCUCUCCAAUCCUUUGCUUGCCACCAGAAGAUUGUGAAUCGCAUCUUCCAGCUCCUGGAUAUUCAACUCAACAACAUUGCCAACUCAUUGACCGACGAGAAGUGGGCUCGCACCAAACUCGGCGAAUUCCCUCGCCUAGUCAUGUUUGACGUCCUGGACAAUGUCAACUUGACCACGGAACCCUUCUUCCGAAGUCUCCUACGCACUUCGGCCAGAUGCACCCUGAAGAAGCUACGCGAAAAGCUUCAGAUUCAGAUUCCAAGCAGUCUCGGUCGCAGUUUGUUGGGCGUGGUGGACGAAACCGGACAACUUCAGUAUGGCCAAGUGUUUGUGAAGUACACGGUCAAUAUUCUACAGAAACGGCCCGGCCCAGGAGCAGCUGGAAAUGUUCUGGAAGGUGGGUUUUGAACUGAUUUUUUCAGUUUUUGGCCAAAAUUUGCCAGCUUCGGCUCCAAAAUUGAUCGUUUUGGACCUAAAAACAAGUUUUUGACACUUUUUAAAAAAUGGAAGUUGAGUGGAAGAUUUGUAAUGUAUUUUGCACUGAAAAUCUUCCACUCAACUUUCAUUUUUAAAAUGUCUUCAAAAGGCCUAAAAACACGUUUUUAACACUUUUUGAAAGUGGAAAUUUGGUGGAAGAUUUGUUUUGCACUGAAGAUCUUCCACCCAACUUUCAUUUUUCAAAUUUUAUGAAAUUGCUUAAAAAAGCAUUUAUGACAGGUAAAAUGGCUUAAAAAUGCAUUAUUGACAUAAAAAAGGGACUAAAAUUGGCUUUUUAACUUUUAAAAUGACCUUUUUUACUGAUUUGACCAACUCGCAACAUGUCAUUUUUAUGCUAAUUUUAACACGUUUCAUCGUAUAACUUGAACCAUUUCUAGGCCCAGUCCUAAUCACCAAAAACCCCAUGGUUGUAGCCGGUGAUGUGCGUAUGUUCACCGCCGUCGACAUACCAUCCCUCCAUCAUCUCUGCGAUGUGGUCGUAUUCCCACGCCACGGUCCACGACCUCAUCCGGAUGAAAUGGCUGGCUCGGAUCUGGACGGUGAUGAAUACUCUGUCAUCUGGGACCCGGGACUGUAUUUGGACAGGAAUGAGGAAGCCUUUGACUACACCGCUCCCAAGGUUGAUCCUGAACCGGUCGAUGACAGCAAAGUGGUAAGGACCUUUUUAAAAAUUUUUUAAAAAUUUUUUUUUGAAAAUUUUUAAAAUUAAUUUUUUUUCACGUGAAACGACAUUUUGAAACGUUUUUUAAAAUGUUUGUACCUCAAGCUAACAAGGAAAGUAUCCGACCUGCCCCGCUCACGAGGAAUUGAUUGACUUGAAACUUUUUAUAUAGAAAGAUCAUGUAAAAUAUAAGAUCUUCAGCAAAGCAUUAAAUCGCGCUUUCCAGGAAAUCUCGAGAAAAUCGAGAUCAAAAAAUGACAUUUUGAAUUUCCCGCCGACUUGGCAUUGUGUUUCAAGCUUAUAACUUUGCCAUUUUUGACUUUUAAUCAUUUUUCUUUGAUAUACUAGUAGAAAACCUUUAAAUAAACCUACAUUUUUAAAUUUGUUAAUGUAGCUUGACUGGAAAGCCGAAAAAAGUGCUUUCAACACAAUGCCAGGUUUGCCAAAUUGGAGGGAAAUUCUAAAUAUUUCAAAUUUAAAUCUCAAAAGCGCGAGCCAAAAUUUUUUACGGGCACUAUUGGUGGGACAAGGAAUUCAUUUAAAAAUUUUGAACUGAUUCUGAAUGAGGCAGGUCGAGUACCUUCUUUGUUAGCAUUUUGCAGUAAAAUCGGCUUUACCGCCCAGUUUUAUGGUUUUAAUCAUCAUUAGAGCUUCAAAAUUUUUGAAAUUCGAAAAACCGGAAAGUUAGAUGACGGAGGAUGAAAUUGCGGAAAAAGUGGCAAGAUUUUAAACUCUAGCGACAUUUUAUACGAUGAUACAUGUUCAAAAAAAAUUUUAUAUUUUUGAAAAAGUUGGAUUUUUUGACAUAUUUCAUUGUAUAACUUGGGCAUUUGCAUGCACUUUGCAAAAUUUUUCUAAGCACGUUUCAUUUUGUACACUGGAGUGUGGCACAUUAAUAUUUUUAAUGAAAAAGUGACAUGUUAUACGAUCAAACGUAUCUUUGAUAUUUUGGACAUUUUAUUGUAUAACAUGUCAUAAUUAUGCUUAUUGUAGCAAAAUUGCAUUAAAAAUGUCAUGAAAAAGCAUAAUUUAACUAAUUUUUCAUUUUUUUACAAAAUGGUGACAUGUUAUACGAUCAAACGUGUUUUUUAUAUUCUAUACAUGUUUCAUCGUAUAAGGUGGUUAAAAAUGGAAAAAUAUAAUGAUUUAUCGAACUUUCCUUGGCUAGCCUUCUUCAAAUAACUAGCUUUUUAAAAACAUUCUUUCUUCAAGUAAAAAGUGUCCCGCUACUUUUGGUUCAACCUAAUAAUGCAUUGUUUUAGCCUAAAGCACAUGAUACAGUAUGAUAUACUAAUAAACAAUGUCAAAAAUUUUAAAUUUUAAAAAUUUUAGCGACUUCAAAUGGCCGACUUCUUCGUCAAGUACAUUAGUCAAGACUCGAUCGGCAAGAUCGCCAACUCCUUCCUGAUCAAGGCCGAUCAGUUGGGCCUGAACAGCAAGGUGUGCCAAAGCAUUGCCAAGAAGAAUAUGGAAGCGGUCGAUUUCCCCAAAACCGGUAAACCACCAUCAAAACUGUGCAAAGGCGACCCAUCACGAGGAAUCGACUCGGAAGUCGUCCGUGUGCAUCCAGAUUUCAUGGAAAAACCACAGGAAGCCACGUAUGAGAGCCCGAGAAUGAAUGGUCGAUUGUUUAGGUAAUAACUUUGUACAAAGAUUAACAUGGCAAGAACUUACUUUAAAAGACACAAUAUGGCAAGAACUUUCUUUACAAAACAACAAAUGCCCGGGUUUUCUUACAUAAAGUCCGAAACGGACAUGUUUAAAAAGUGGAAGUUAAGUGGAAGAUUUGUAAUGUAUUUUGCACUGAAAAUCUUCCACCUAACUUCCAUUUUCAAAAUGUUUUAAAAUGACUUAAAAAUGAACUUUUUACUAAUGGGCAUGACUUUAAUGCUUAUAAAAUGCUGUUUUUAUACCUAAAAAUUCAAAUUUUUGAUUAAAAUUUCGGUUUUCAUACCUAAACCACUAUUUUCAUACUUAAAAAAUCAAUUUUCAGACGAAUCAAAGCGAUUGACAGCGAACUAGAGACCUCAAUCGACGAACAAGUCAAUACUCCCGUCCACCGUGAUCCCCUGAUUCACAUCGACGGCUACGAUGACCCAUUGUACAUGAAAAUGGCAGCCGAUCACUUCCGCAAGUACAUCGCCGCCAUGGAACAUCAACUUCUUCAGAGGUUCGGCGUGGAAACCGAGGUCGAGCUGUUCUCCAACUCGUACGCUGCCAUUCGAAAACGGAUCAGCGAAAAGGAAAUGGACGAUAUGUCCUUCUUCAACACACAACGAGUGAUCGAAGAGACCCUGGAGCAGAUCUACUCCAACCAUCGACGCAUGUUCUUCGAGAGUUUUGGCGAAAAAUUCGAAAAUUUGACCGAAAAUCGCUACGAAAACGAAAAUCGAGACUCGAAGGACAAGCGACACAUCCUCAGGGAUCGGUGCUCAAACGCCAGCGAUGAUCUGAAGAAAUUAGCUGUCGCUUAUUAUGCUACGGCUUAUGGUAAGGAAGGCUUGAAAAUAUAAGAAAACAGAAUAUUGGGAAGGGCGGGGUAAAAUUUUAGGGGUGGGUGAAAAUUUUUUUUGGAAAAAGUAAAAAAUGUAUUUUAGUAAAAUAAAAUGGUUAAUAAUUUCAAUAGAAAACAAAAAAAGGUCAAGUUUUUGGAAGUGGAAGUUGAGUGAAUGUUUUUUAGUGUAUUUUGCACUGAAAAUCUUCCACUCAACUUUUAUUUUCAAAAUGUCUUAAAAUGGUCUAAAAACAUGUUUUUGACACUUUUUAAAAGUGGAAGUUCGGUGGAAGAUUGUUAGUGUAGUUUGCACUGAAAAUCUUCCACUCAACUUUCAUUUUUUAAAUUUUUCGAAAACGGCCAAAAAACGGAAAAUUUAAGUUCCCGGUUAAAAUUAUGGCUAAAAAUCAAUUUUUUUAGAUGCUGGACAUCAAAAAUACCUGUCGUUUGCGUGGCUUUGCGCCGACGUUCUCUACCGUGUUCGUCUCAACGUGAUCAGUGAGAAGCGGCGUGCCGACCCGACAGCUCAAAUCAAUUACUACUCAUUCGACCCGGUAUCAGACAGACUGUCCGAACACAUUGAUGUUUUUGUGAAUGCGGACGAAAUUCGACAGGUUGAGCUGAGAAAUCGACUGGAAAAGGACAAGACUCGAAGUCGACUGAAGCCGGCCAUUUUGACGAUUGAAAAGUAUUGUGAGGUGUGUUGAUUUGAGUAUUUUGAAGUUUUUUUUAAAGGCUAGGGUUGGAUUUUGUAAAAAUUUAAAAAUUCGUUUUCAAAGCAUCAUGAUUUUAGGUCUACGACGGCCUGUACGACUGGAUGGCAUUCUCAGUGAAAUGGGCCGACAAGAAUGGAAUCCUCGUGAAAACGGGAGCACCAAUCGAGAAGGACAUUAUGGACGAGGACAAACAAGACACACCCGUAUUCAAUUAUACCCAUAUUUGCCUGUUGAUCAUCCUCUUCGGGCAGGGAAAGCUGGAUUUGAACAAUACACCAAGGUUCUUGGAGGAGGUAAAAAGCUUUGAAAACUUGAAGAAUAUGAGGUUUUUCGGCAUUUUUAUGGUUGAAUUUGGUUUUAAAAGCUAUUUUUUGUCAUUAGGAAGGUCGAGAAAAAAAUUUUUUUUGGGCGGGGUGAUUUUUCGAAAAAAAAUUUAGGGUAUGUUUUUAAGGAAAAAAUUAGUUUUUGUGGCUUUACAUGAUAAAAUUAAUAGAAAUUUUUUGGGCGGGGUAAUUUUUUGAAAAAAAAUUUUACGGGGUAUUUUUCAGAAAAAAAUUUUUGUGGUUUCUGAUGGUAAGUUUUGCAACAGAUUCAUUUUUUGAUAUUUGGGCGUGAUAUUUUGCAAAAAGUGUGAGGGAUAAUUUGUUUAAAAUUUUUUAAAAAAUUUUUACCUUUCAGCCAGCCGACUUAGAAACCCAAGAAAAAAAUCAACCUCCGUCUACAAAAUGGCGGCCUGGGCAAAAAGUUCCUGACCCUGAUGAGAUUUAUGGCUUCUCGCGACUUUCUGAUGCUAAAAUCAAUGUCAUUUACCGACCUCGGCUACCUGUCCGGCUUCUACAACAACGAAUGGUUUUACGCUCAAAAAGCGGCCGAAAAGACCUACUAUAAGAUCUGUCUAACCAACGAUUUCUCAACCCUACCCUACGACCGCGAACGUCAACAGGUAACGGACACGAUUCAGAACAUUAACGUGGAAGGACGAGUCGCACUAGACGGCAGUACCUUCUUCAUCGAGCUUUUGAAGAACGAAACCUACAAAACCAUGACCAAACACAAUGUCAGAGCGUUAGCAAUUCACUCUGGAUGCGAGAACAUCUUCUGGCGGCAAGACUUGACCAUUUCGGACGACUGUAACGCCGAUCGAAUCAUCAUCACGGCGGUGGGCACGGUGACAGCCGUCAACAAGCUCAGACGUUACCUAACUCCAAAGGGGUACCUCAACAGUAUUCUCAGUGAUCAAGAACUUACAGUAUCGUUGGCUUCACAAGUUGUCAAUAAGAUUCAUCGGCUGACGAGGACAAAGGAACAGCUGGAUGAAAUCAAGUGUAAGGUCAGGGAAGAACCUGAACCCUUGAGAGCACCAAGACCUUCACAGGCCAUGGAGUUUGUUGAGGAAUAG